AUGUCUUCGGAAGAAAAAGUCAUCGAAACAGUGGCAUCAGCGCCCGCCGACCCCGACGUGGUUCGUGAACAGGCACGUCUUGACAAGCUACUGAAAGAGCAUGGCGCUACGUGGGACUCUGCGCAGGAUCCCCAGGACCCUUACAACUGGUCGACGUGGCGCAAGGUUUCCAUUGCCCUAGUCGUGUCUCUCGGGCAGCUCAUUACGCUCAUGUCGGCGAGCAUGAUGGCUGCUGCCCUGCCGCAAAUUGGACACGACCUACACUUGAGUGACUCUGCCACACAAAUCACAUUUUCCAUCUAUAUUCUUGGCCUCGCCUUUGCCCCGUUUCUGAUAGCCGCGCUGUCUGAGAUGUACGGCCGACGGCCAAUAUGGAUCGCCAGCAAUUUAUUCUACAUUUUCUGGAACGCAUUGUGCCCGGUUGGACCCUCGGCUGGGCUCAUGACCGUCAGCCGAUUCCUGGCUGGGUCUGGUGCGAGCUGCGGCAUCACGCUCACGGGCCCGAUCCUGGCAGACAUGUUCCGCGCGGAAGAGCGCGGGCGCUCUCUUGCUCUCGCGACGUUUCUCCCGUACAUGGGGCCCGCGCUGGGGCCUAUUGUGGGCGGUCUUACGUCGCAGCACUUGCCGUGGGCAUGGCUAUUCUGGAUCCUUUCUAUAUUUGACGCGGCCGUCGUGCUGUUGGGUUUCUUCACCGUCUCGGAGACAUACACGCCGGUGCUCCUGGCGAGGAAAGCAGACGCGGCGGCGCGGGCUGGCGACGAGUCGACUGCUGUCGACAAGUGGACGUUGCAGUAUGCUGGCGACUUCUACCGCGAUCUACGAAGCAGGCUUGGGGCCAAUCUGCUGCGGCCGCUGGCUCUCAUGGUCCAACGCCCAGCCGUGCAGGUCAUUGCCCUCAUCAUGGCGCUCGAUUUUGCCGUCUACUGUCUCCUGCUCUCCACGUACGCCACCCUAUGGAUUGAGCGCUACAACCAGUCUGAGACUGUCAGCAGCCUCAACUACAUAGCCCUGGCUGUCGGAACUAUCACGGCAUCGCAAGCAGGUGGCCCGCUGAUGGACUGGAUGUAUGCCCGAAUGAAGCGCCAUGGCGAGCCUGUGCCUGAAUUUCGCGUGCCGUUUCUAAUUCCCGGCGUCAUCAUAAUGCCUCUCGGUAUGUUCCUCUAUGGGUGGGCAGCAGAGAAAUACAUGCACUGGAUAGUCGUCGACGUGGGCACGGCCAUUUUUGUGUGUGGUAGCUUUCUCAUUGGCCAAGGCAUGCUGGCCUAUAUGUUGGACGAGUUUAAGCACGCUGCUUCCGCCAACGCCGCAGCACGUAUGCUCUCUAACAUUCUCGGUUUUGUCUUUCCUAUCUUUGCGCCAUCCAUGUAUAAGAGGCUGGGCUACGGGUGGGGGAAUACGGUCUUGGGCCUCAUCUGGGUAGUCCUGGGCUUCCCAAUUCCUGUGCUGCUAUGGGUUUAUGGCGCCCGCCUGAGAGCCCUGGGGCGUCGUGAUGAAUGA